GUACAUCCACUUGUCACACUCACUCGUCUUCAGUUUCAAGUUCGGGUUCAACAACACGAUAUCGAUACCCCUCAUCUCACCCUGAGACAAUAUGACUACCUUUCCCUAUGUCAUCGUAAACGCAUGGGGGCGUUCAGCCUUCGAGGGUAAUCCAGCUGUUGUCGUCGCUCUCCCACCAGGAUUCGCGCAGCCCAUCUGCGUUUUCCUGUCGCUAUCUCCGGACGAUUCUACCCUCCUCGACGUUCGGUACUAUAUCAAUUCUUAUGCACCACUUAUCUGUGGACAUGGGAUGUUCGCUUCAGCGAAAGCGCUAUGUACAAACACCUUGCCAUCCCUUGGUCAAUGGGGACCCGAAGUAAAGUUCCGCACGAAGGCUGGAGCCAUUAUUUCUGCGUACAUGGUCACAGACAGCGAAUCUGAUGACGAAAUGUACGAGAUUGCACUCCCCGCCACUCCAGUGACCACCUUUCUGAACGCAGAGACGACCAGGAUUACAAGUAUAAUCAAGGAGGCCGCCGGCAGGGAUGUGCAGGUAGAGUAUAUCGCCAAAGGCGACGGCAAGAUGGGUGACUACUUGAUGAUUGUUGUCGGUCCAAAUGAAAACAUAGGCGACAUGAAAUUAGAUAAAGAAGUCCAGCGCAAAACUUCUUAUACCAUCAACAUCAUCACGCACGUUACGCCUGACGCUGAUCAAAUCUUCGUCUCACGUAUGUUUGCGCCUGCAGCAGAUCUCCCUGAAGAUCCGGUCUGUGGAAGUGCGCACACGUUGCUCGUACCUUACUGGGCGAGUCGGCUCGGGAAGAAGGAUCAGGAGGAGAUGCAUGUUCGUCAGGUGAGCCCGCGUGGAGGAGAGCUGUGGGUGGCUUGGAAUCAGGAUGAAGGUCUUGUCCGGCUCAAGGGCUACGCGAAGGCUUUUGGAAAGGGUGAAUUUACCAUUUGAAUUUGU